AUGGGCGAACCCGAGGCCGCGCGCGCGGAGGCGGCGCUGACGACGUACGAGGACGACAAGCUGAAAUUCAAAGUGCAGUACCCGAGCGACUGGACGACGUCCACGGGCGAGACGCCGGCGAGCGAGGAAAUCCUCGGUGGAGGCGCCCGUGACUUGUUCACGAUCUCCCCUCCCGGUGCGAACGCGAGGGAUGUGAACGUGACGAUCGUCGCGACGCCGGCGGGGGCGGAUUUCACGAAGAUGGGCUCGCUCGGCGACGCGUACGGGUUCGGAUACGGCUUGGUGGUGCCGUUGAACAAACCGCGGGCGAAGAAAGGACAAGAGGACAGGAUUCAAUUCGCCGAGUUGAUCGAUUCGGUAGGUAAGGGCGAUUACUACAAGGUUGAGUACAAGUUUGCCAAGCCGUCGACUGGAAUUAACAGCAUUUUCUUUGUUCUCGCCGGUCUCGGCUACGACGGACGAGUCAGUCACCUGUACACGGCCACCGCGCAGUAUCCGCGCGCGGAGGAAGACAAGUGGCGCGCGCAAGUCGAGGCAAUCAUUGACUCUGUAGUGUAUCCGCCGACUAUUUACGGGUAA